ACACUUUAUUCACAAUGGCAUCAGAUAUCUUCUGUUUAAAGAAGCAACUUAUUAUAUACGGGGCACACCAUAAUAAUAAGAUAAACGUAGCGAUUCAUAUGAUAUUUGUCCCAACUAUCCUUUGGACCGCGCUCGUCCUCGUUUCAAAUACUGGUCCUCUCAUCAAUGUUGACGGUACUGUAUUUAGUUCUUUAAAACCAUUCGGCCCGAAUCUCGCAUUCUUCACGAUUGUUUUCUAUUCGAUUUAUUAUGCAAUUUUGGAUCCUAUUGCUGCAUCAUUAGCCUCUCCUAUUCUCUUGCUUAUGAGCUAUACAGCCACCAAAUUUCUGCAAACGACUCCUAAUGCUAAUAGAAUUGCUCUCUACAUCCAUAUUGCUUCCUGGAUUUUUCAGUUUAUUGGUCAUGGUGUGGCCGAGAAAAGACGCCCAAAAGUGUUUGAUAAUCUCGUACAAGCACUCGUAUCAGCACCCUACUUUGUCUUUUUUGAAGUCCUAUUUUUCUUUGGCUAUCGUCCUGAGCUCUACAAAGAAAUAACAGUCGAAAUCCAGAAAGAUAUCGCUGAAUUCCGUGCAAGAAAAGGCAAGCCUAACUAUCAACCAGUUCAGUAACUCAUCUAUUCAAUACUUUAUUUUGUACUAUUACCACUGCGGUAGAACAUUAAACCGCUACCAAAAUAUUUUUACUCGUUAUUGUGGAGGUUAAUCAAGCAAACAUAAGUAAACUUUAUACUAAUUCCUGAUAUUGGGUCCUGAGAGUUGCCAAAUGUUUUCAACUAGUUUAAUCAGUUUGUAGGCAGUAAAUCUCUUGCAUUGCAUCUCAAAAAGCAUAUUCGUCUUAUUCUGGACAAAUAUAUAGGGGAAAACCAGCUUUCCACCAAUAAAUAACGCUUCAAUAGCAAGAAAUUUUGCGUAAUUGCUUACACAAUUUUCUUAUAGUGUGAUGUGGAAUAUCAUGCUUCAGAUAAUACAAAUCCUCAUUAACCUUCAAUUGCCUAAUUUUGCUUAUGUUUAUCACUUUUUGACUUGGAAGUCGAUUGUCAAUUCAUUGAGGGCGCAAAGCGGAAUAUCACGUGCGGGGCUGUCUCAUUUUUGAGCCC